AUGCAGGAUAGUGGAGGUUGGAUCAUUCCUCACCGCUCAGCAGAUGCGGCUCGUCAAUCACCCGUGGCGCUCGACCAACCCCUAUCUUUUGCAUCGUUAGAAAAAUCGCUGGUGCAUGAUGGAAUCUCCUGGUCUAGGACGUCUAAUAUCCGAGCUGCGAUGACUGACAUUGAUGAAAGGGAUGUGACGAUGACAGAUGCAACCGAAUUCAAAUGCCCAAACACUGUAUCGCCUAUACUUCCAGUUGUCGAUCCGGUGUAUCACCCAGGCAGCAGUCCAUCGACUGGAGAGCUGUCUGCCGCCUCGGCAGAUGGCCAGGUGCCCCAUUCUUGGACUGCUCCCACAAGCUCCAAUAGCCAACGACCAUCCCCAAAUAUUUGGCAAAUAUUUGGCAGUACCCCACCACCGCUGUGGGUACAUCUCGGAUGCCCAUCAUACCACCCCUCUCCCAGAUCCUGGUUCAUAGUCCCAGCUAUGGGUUGUAUCCCCAAACAAGAACUCAUCGCCAACCGCUGUACCAGGCCCAGAGACCUUCCCCAUGCCCCACCUCGACCAUCUCAAUACCGUCCUCCAUUCCGUAUCAUGUCUAUCAGCCUGCACUCGCUUAUCCAUCUCAAACUUUCAAUCCGUUCCUUCGAACUCAUUACUCAUAUGUCACUGGCCAGGCAACAUUGUGUGAUCCACAUGGCUGGUGCCAGCAUCGCAAUUACAACAUUCCUCUGCUGGAUGGGAUUGGUAAAACCUUCGCGUCGGGAGCGGGCUUGA